AUGGGACGCGCCACAAGGCGUCAUGGAGGUCGCCAGUCCACGGAACAGCCUUCGCCGCGCACCAUCGCGCGCCGUCUUCACCACACCAAGGCUGCCGACGGAGCUGCUCCUGCACGUCGUCGAGUGCGUGCUGCCGGCCAACUCGCGCGCCCUGCUGCCGCCCUGGCACUCGUCGACGCGGACGCUGCUGUCGCUGACGAGGGUGUCGCGGGCGACGUACGGGCACGCGUCCAAGCUGCUGCGGCAGCGGUGCGUCUACGUCGACUCGGGCCCGCGGCUGGCGGCGCUGCUGCUGUGCAUGCCGCGGCUGGUGCCGACGCUGCCGCCAGUGCUGCCGGCGCUGCGCAACGUGACGUCGCUGUACCUGGCGCCGUUCGGGCCGUCGCUCGACGACCAGCCGACGGCGGUGUGGGUGCGGGAGCUCCUGUGCGAGGUGUGCGAGACGCUGCGGCGGCUGGUGGUGCAGAUGCCGUUCGGCAGCCUGGACCCGCUCGACGACCACCUCAACGUGCGGCGGACGCUGCGGCAGGGCUUCGAGCAGCUGACGGGGCUCGACGAGUUCGUGUGCCUGGGCGAGUACCCGGCGCUGAGCGUGCCCGAGGCGCCGACGGACGUGUGGCGGCUGUGGCCCGGGCUGCGGCGGCUGGCGCUGUUCGGCGUGCCGGCCGACAGCCACUGGCUGUGGUGGGACGUGGCGACGCUGCCGGAGCUGGGCCACGUGGUGCUGGCGCGGGCGCGGCGGCUCGGCGAGACCAACAUCAAGGACGAGUACUUCCACAAGCUGCCGCGGGGCGACGCGCGGCUGGGGCGCCGGAUCCGCGUGGUGCUGCUGGACGCGGCGUGGGAGGUGCCGGAGCUGGACACGGCGCGCUGGGCCGACGUCGACCCGGACGGCCGCAUGACGGUCGAGGUGCACGAGGUGCCGGUGCCGUUUUACGGCGACGAGACGCCGCAGGAGCUGGUGACGGGCUGGGUCAAGCGGGGGGCGCUGGACGGGUCGCUGUGGGAGUGGACGGGCGAGCGUGUCGGGCCGUGAGGCUGCCUGCCAAGGCGCUCUCCAGUUUGGCCGGGCGUGGGCAUGGCGAGCUUGGAGCGAGAGGAGGAGGCCGUGCCGUGCCGUGUCGUCUAAGUGCGCGUGCGGAGGACGAGGAUACCCACGGGCUGCGACCAGGCGACGACGAGAGGCGGGGAUACCAUUAG